AUACUGCGCUUCAUCGUGUCACGCAAGCCUAGGCUGAGUGUGGCUAUAACCUGUAUCCCCUACAGACGCACCACUCUUCCCACGCUCGCACCAGCGGGAGACUGGCAACUUUCAAGGAGGCAUUCCGACAGCAUAUACCUCGUUCCUACACGAUCAUCUUUUACGACGGCCGCCCUUCAAUCUUGACCAAGCCAAUCUUGAUCUGACCCUGCUUCCACUGAUACCGAGCGACAAAGAUACACGGAGAGUCUGCAAUUUGAUCGCGGCAGAGUCACUCGACUGCAGCUUCAGCAGCAUCCUAAUGCUGCCCGUCCCCUCUUUACCCAGAACGAGAGCGGCCGACUCUCCAGCUUCAUCGUCGCUACUGCUGACAACCAAGGCUCUGGUCGGCCGUGAGCCGCCUGACAGGACACUGGCCAGGAGAACCGGCCCUCUGAAGCCUCUCAGCGGGCUCAAAAGCCUCAACAUCGAGCUAAGCGAUGUCUGGUCUGCCGAUGCAUCGAAAGACAUUACUUUCUUGUCGGAACAGCCCGACUGCAUCGAAGAAGCUUCUGCCCUCGUGGAACAAAUACCUGUUGACAGCCCAGUGACGGUGAGGGACAUGGUACGAGGAUUUGGGAAAUUAGAUGAGGAGGAAGUCUCGUGCACAGCGCCUUUACAGCAGGGCAUCGCAAGUGACACUCCGUCACCAGUCCUAGAAACGAAAUGGAUGCCGGACCGUCCACCUGCUCGCCCAGAACACAAUGAAGGGGCUGAAGCAGAAUACGAUCUUGAGGGCGAUGGGGUUUUACAGGAACCGACAUUGGCGGAGGUGAAUCCAGGACAUGAAGCACGCAAAGUGUCACCCCUUCGACAUGGCUCUGGCGGGAGGGAUGACUCGCAGCAAGGGCUUUCAAUAGAUGACAUGAAUCGCCAAGAAGAGCGAGAGGCAUGUCAGGUCGUGUCAAGAUUCGACGGUGACCUCGAUUGCGAGAGUUCAGAUGCGCGACCGCUGCUGUUCGACAACGAUGGCUCCCCUCUACAUUUCCUAGAGUACAGAGACGAAGAGGACGUUGAAGACUCUCACUCUCUAUCUUCUAUACUGCCUCAAUGGGCUACCGAGCGUAGAGGAUGGAUGGACUACGUAGUCGAUGAGGAUGAAGAGCAGAUAGCGAUGCAGGGUGUGACCAGUCUAGAAGAUACAGGCGAAGGGCGUCCUAUAUCAGCAUCAACGCAAGCCCAAAUGAGAGACCCACCGGUCACACAACGCCCGGCGCCCGCUUUGCAGACCGAGACCUCAGCACAGAUACCCUGCCCAGUGCGAUCACAGGCGCAAUGUUUCCCUUACCCUCGCUCAAUUUGGAACAAACCCGAGGCUCCGGACUGGCAGGAGACUCGCAAACGCCAAGCGGUGGACAGCAUAGCCGCUGAGGAUGGAAAGCUUAUGGCAGUAGUGAAAAAGGUGCGGUCAGAACGCGCAGCUGCAUAUCGCGGAAGACUGAGUCCGAUCGAUAUGUACCUUCGGAUGACGGGCAAGGAAGUGCCAUCUACUAAGGAGGAGAUGACCAGCAAUCCAGGUGCCAUGCGGCCUAUUGAGGUACGUCCUCCUCAACAGGAGAAGGUUGACGAAGUUGAACACCCAGCCGAGGAGGACUCUCCUUCGGACCCUGCGGCAAGUCCUGCAGAGGGCUACCUUGCCCCUUCGCACACCCAUCACUACCUCGUGUCCCUUCGUGGUCUGCAGAAUCAUCGCGUCAUGUCUCAUCUGACCGGGAGGUGCAACGUCUCUCUUAUCGAGGCAACGGGAGUUCAGGACGACUGGGAGUGGGACCUUAUCCUCGACGCGACGAGCGCGGUGAGCCUCUUCAAGCUCUCUCUUCUCCCUGCUGCAAUGAAAGUCGACGACCGAACCCCUGGGGCUGGCUCAAAAGCCCUCGCUAGCGGCAGCGGGGGAGAUCUGACUCUCAAGCAAAUGCUACAGAGCGAGCGCUUCGACUCAUUUCUCGUAGUACUGGAAGCCUACUCCUCCUCCGGUCGCCAGGUGGAGCAGACUAGACCUCUGCUACUUGCGCAGGACGCCCUAAAGGAGUACAUCUCGCGGCAUCUGGGCUCAAACAAAAGCGUUACGAUUGAUGUGGUGCGGAGCCCCUUUGAAGCAGCAAUACGCAUCCGUCGCUGGGGUGAUGAACUGCAGGAGAAUGCCGCGCGGGAGGAUGAGGCGCUGUUGCGACAAGAUACACCGACGAGUGGGGUGAUGUUGACUCCGGCGAAGAUUUGGGAGGGUCGAGAAAGGUGGCUUUCAGAAGCUGCGUUGGAGAAGGGAGAGCGAGAACGCAGCCGUCUGCAGACACUGGGGCUCAAUAUCUUCGCCUCAACGAUCGUACUAGCGGUGCGCACGUCUUUGUCUGUCUUUCUCAAUGACCCUCCCGAGCGUCGGAGAGACGACUUUGCCUCUGUACUAGGUAGACCUCAGAUGAACAAGCUGAAUGCACGCUUGAAGAGGGAGGAAGGUCUCAGAAGACCCGAUGGCGAGGGUGCAUGACUCUCUGUAUUGACUAUUCAACUGCACUCGACAGUUACUCUUUCUCCUAAUUCGCAGUCGUCUUGACCCUUUUCCUCUCCCGGCCUUCCUCUUCGACUUCUGCCUGCUCCUGCUCCUGCGGUGGUGCAGCGACUUGUACCGAACCUUUCACAUC